AUGUCUCUUCCACAUGCCAAAGACCCCGGCCACCCCUACGCCCAAACCACCAACAUCUCCUUCACUUUCCACACCCAGCCUCCCACCUCCACGCCCUUCGGCUACGACUACUUCCUCUCGCUCCCGUCCUCCUACGACGCCGACACAACCAAGCAAUGGCCCCUUGUCCUCUUCCUCCACGGCGCCGGCGAGUCCCAGCGCGGACCCAACGAGUCCUACGCGACGCUACGGCACGGUGUGCCCAAGAUCAUACUGUGCUACGACAGGCUGAAGGAUGGGAAGGAGCCGAGUGUUGAGAUCCCGCUGGCGGCGCGGCUGAGGAGGAAGAACCCGAAUAAGGGGCGUGGGAGGAACGAUGGGGAUAAGAGCGUUGUGCCUGUGCCGGCGGGGGUGUGUGAGAUUGUGGCGGAGGAGUUUAUUACUGUAACGCCGUCGCUGGAUAUGGACAACGGCUACGGCUGGAACGCCCACACCCUCUCCGCCCUCCUCGACGAGCUCCUCCCCCUUCUCCGCGCCGACCCUUCCCGCGUCCACGUCACAGGCUUCAGCAUGGGCGGCUACGGGACCUGGGCUCUCGGCCUGCACUCUCCCGACCGCUUCGCCUCACUCGUGCCGAUUUGCGGCGGGGGCGACAGCGUUCUAGCCAAGAACAUCAAGCACGUGCCGCAGUGGGUGCAUCAUGGGGAGUUGGAUGAUAUCAUCCCGAUUGGGGAGAGCGUUAAGAUGGUAAGUGCGUUGGAGAGGGCGCAGAGGGGGCUGGAUGGGGUGGAGAAGGUCAGGUUUACGCGGUGGGAGGGGUUGGCGCAUGAUUGUUGGACGGAGGCGUAUAAUCAGGUGGAGCUUUGGCGGUGGAUGCUUGAGAAGAGGAGGCCGAAAUGA